CUGCAUUCAGCGAGCAUUCAAGUCUGUGAGUCCAUCCUCACACAAGGAAACUCAUCUUUAGCUCCUGUUGAAAUCAGCGAUACAAAAGCCUACAGUCAAACUUAAGCAUUAACUCAUUUGCUUCAUUGAGUUUGCUUUGCAUCUCAGAUAAAUGAUACUCACCACUAGCUGUUCUGUUUCAAGGUGUAGUGUUUCUGUUCUGAUCUUUGGAGGACAAGCUGGCUUCUGAGAACACUGAGCUCAACUGGAGUGAGGGAGAUAAUUAGCAGAUCCGCCUGCCUGAGUGUUGACUUGUUGGACACCCUGGCACAGAGUUUGAGAAAGGAGUUUAUUAUUCCCCAAAAUGACUGCUUUGUAACGCCAGGUCGUUGUAGUGGCAGUAUGAAAUGAGUGGUUAUUAAGUAGAGUCACAGAAUCAUUUAGGUUAAGACAUAGCCAAUCUCAAGUAUUGCGAAGAUGUUAUUAUUCUACUUUCCUCAAAAUGAGAGCGAUGGUUUCCAAUCUUAAUAGUAAAAAACUGCAAUAUUUUUAACAGCAGAAUUCCCCAGAAUUACUAAAAAUGGUUUAGGAGUCCUGAAAACAAAUCUGUCCUUAAAGGCAAAGCCAAAUCAAGAUAAUUAUUACACUGGCGCCACCACCCCCAAAAUAACAAGUGUUUUUGACUUCACGUUGCAUUGCAAUCUUUGAAGUUACUAAUUAGUUCUACAUAAUUAAUGUUUUAGCAAUCUUCCAAACACAGCCAUAAACAGCUGUGAAUACUUUGGGGCCCUGAGGCCUCGUGGCAUUUAGAUUAGUCCCUUAAUGUCGCUUCCUAAGGAUGUGUUGCAGAUUAACGGUACCGUGGUUUGCUCUGUUGGUGUUUCAGUUGUAUGAAGCAUUCACUUGUGGGCCCUCUCAUGUUUUAAAUAGACAUGUCGGACAGCCUGCCACGUCAAGAAAUGAAGCGUACUGGGAGUAUCUUGAGGAAUACCUUUAACCAAGAAUGAAGACAGUGGAGUUGCUAAAAAAACAUCCUUCCCAAUUUGGGAAAGGUAGAGGUGUUUCAGGAGGGGUGCAGUGAUGUGGCUUUAAUCAAGCUGCGUGCUUGAGUAGUUGGUCUCCCCUUAGCCUGUGCAGGGACCACUUUGCACAGCAGUGCUGUCCCCGAAAGCAGUGUCUUCUGAGCUGACCCUUCCCUUUCGUGAAACCCUAAGAAGUGAACAGCUCACUUCAGUUGUAUGUGACACAGCGCCUGGGAAUCUGGAGAUUUUGCUUGCAAUUUAAACCACAAGGAAAUGUCUAAACAAACACAACUUUUCACUGCAUAAUAAAAUAAAGCUGUUAAAUACCAUCCCUUCCCUUUCUCACACUCUCGUUUGACUGGCUCGGUCCCACUGGCUGGUGGCUGACUUUCCCACCAUAGUGAUGUGUCUGGCAGUAUUUUUCACUGUCUUUAGGCAAUUCUUAAAGCUUUCUUGGCCAUAUGUGAGAAUAUAUUUCAAUAAGAAUAAAAACAGGUUUUGGAGCAAAGCAAGAAAAAAUUGUCAAGCUACAGAAAUCUUUCAAGAGAAGAAAUUGCGGUUAUAAUCCCUCAGUUCAUGGCCUCGAAGGCAGAGUCUGAGAACUGUCAGUGCAUUACAGAUUAACCUUCAUUUCUGUGUGCGAGUCCCUGGGAUUAUUGUUGCGUAGGAGUGUGAUUAUUCCAGGUAAGUUACUUCUUUUCUAUUUGUGAAAUUGCUGUUUUAGGAAGAUUGUACGUUAUUUUGUCUGUGUGAUUUAAACAAUUGAUUCUUAUGGGUGCAUGGAGGAGUUAGGAAAAGCACUUAAUUGAAUGUGAUAAAAGUCUAAUGAAUGUUGUGUUGGAGUACGCGCUAAGGAAAAUCCUAGCUGAGUUUUAAACUCUCUUCUUUUCUUAGGGAAUGCAGUCGGAUUUUUGGUGAAGAUGGUCUGACGCUGAAACUCUUUCUUAAAAGGACUGCUCCCUUUUCUAUUCUGUGGACUUUAACUAACUACCUGUAUUUACUGGCUUUAAAGAAGCUGACAGCCACAGACGUCUCUGCCCUAUUCUGUUGUAACAAAGCUUUUGUCUUCUUGCUUUCUUGGAUUGUGCUGAAAGACAGGUUCAUGGGAGCAAGGAUAGUUGCAGCAAUAAUGGCAAUCACAGGAAUCGUAAUGAUGGCAUAUGCAGAUGGUUUCCAGGGUGAUUCAAUUAUCGGGGUAGCAUAUGCUGUUGGAUCAGCCUCUACAUCUGCAUUGUAUAAGGUUUUGUUCAAAAUGUUUCUUGGAAGUGCAAACUUUGGGGAAGCAGCUCAUUUUGUUUCUACCUUGGGCUUCUUCAAUUUAAUUUUCAUCUCUGUUACCCCUAUCAUACUGUAUUUUACAAAAGUGGAGUACUGGUCCCCCUUCUCUGCCGUGCCAUGGGGUUACCUGUGUGGAGUAGCCGGCCUCUGGUUAGCCUUCAAUAUUCUGGUUAACGUUGGCGUUGUGCUUACAUACCCCAUUCUGAUCUCCAUCGGCACAGUGCUCAGCGUCCCUGGAAAUGCAGCUGUGGAUCUGUUGAAGCACAAAAUGAUCUUCAGCGUAGUGAGAUUGGGAGCCACCAUCAUCAUUUGCAUUGGGUUUCUGCUCAUGCUGCUCCCUGAGGAAUGGGAUGAAAUAACCCUGAGGUUCAUCAACAGCUUGAAAGAGAAGAAAAGUGAGGAUCAUGCCGACGACAUCACAGACUCCAGCAUACACACGAGAAGCAGAAGCAGAGCUAAUGGGACAGUGUCUAUACCACUAGCUUAGGGCUGGUGGACUUUUAACUGCACGCGGAUGUAUAUUCUGUGAAUAUAGCUUAAAUUUCCUCACUAUCUGUAUGCUUAGAAAUGACAUUUACUCUGGAAUGGAGAUGAACUGUAACAUAAGAGAAGUACAUCUAUAAUAAAUGUUUACAUUUAUACACUUAUCAAGGAACGGCUGUACAUAACUACAAUAAAAUGUUUUGUAAUAAAAAACACGUAAGCUUUUGUCUUACUGAACGGGUGGGUUUAUAAUAGGGAUCAAGUCUACAUCAUUUAUCUCCUUUUGCUGGCAAAAGUAGAGCCCAUUCUCAAGGAUACAAAUCCCGGAUAUUUCCAGCUGAAUCUCAAAA